AGAAUCUGAUCUAGAUCCAUCUUUAUUUCCAUCGAACUCAUCCUUGCACUCAUCAAGGAUUUCUCUUUCCUUUUUGGAUCUGAGACUUUUGAGUCUAGUGUGAAAGGUGAUGUUCUUGGUGUGUUCUUCUGUGAAGUUUCGCAGAGGAGGGAAUUUUAGGAUAAAAAUAAGCAGUUUGGGUUUCUAGAGUUGGAAAUAGUAAUUUAAAAACGGGUGUUCGUUGAGUCUCCAUAAAUGGAAAGUUCGAGGAGCAGAAGAGUUGAGAAGAGAGGGUAUGAACAGGUUGUAGAAGAGGAAUCAGAUUGUGUUCCUGAAUCAAAAAAGGCUAAAUUGCCUGCUUUGGCAAGUGUAAUUGUGGAAGCUUUGAAGGUUGAUAGUUUGCAGCGACUCUGCUCAUCACUUGAACCACUGCUUCGCAGAAUUGUCAGCGAGGAAGUGGAGCGUGCGUUGACAAAGUUAAGCCAUGCUACAUUGGCGGGAAGGUCUCCCCCACCGAAAAUACAAGGUCCACAAGGGGAAUAUCUGCAACUCCAUUUUAAAACAAGAAUGCCCCCUCACCUCUUCACUGGGGGAAGGGUCGAGGGGGAGCAAGGUGCUGCCAUCCAUGUUAUCUUGAUGGACCAAAGCACAGGAAGCGUUGUGCAAACUGGACCGGAAUCGGCAGCCAAACUGAAUGUUGUGGUUCUUGAAGGCGACUUCAACGAGGAAACGGAGGAAGAUUGGACCAAAGAAAACUUUGAAAGCCAUGAAGUAAAGGAGCGUGAGGGCAAAAGGCCUCUUCUGACCGGGGAUCUGCAAGUGAACCUUAAGGAUGGGAUAGGAACUCUAGGAGAACUCACUUUUACUGACAACUCUAGCUGGAUAAGAAGCAGAAAGUUUAGGCUUGGUGUGAAGGUUGCCUCUGGAUACUGUGAGGGGUUUCGCGUUCGAGAAGCCAAGACCGAGGCUUUUACUGUCAAAGAUCAUCGGGGAGAAUUGUACAAAAAACAUUAUCCACCUGUUUUACAUGAUGAAGUUUGGAGAUUAGACAGAAUAGCAAAGGAUGGAGCACUCCACAAGAAAUUACUAAAAGCACAAAUUGUUUCUGUUGAAGAUUUCCUCCGGCUUCUCGUUAAGGAUCCACAGAAACUGCGAAAUAUCCUUGGAAGCGGAAUGUCCAACAGGAUGUGGGAGAAUACAGUGGAUCAUGCUAAAACAUGUGUUUUGGGUGGGAAGCUUUAUGUUUAUUACACUGAUGGAAGUCAAAACACUGGUGUUAUCUUCAACAAUAUUUACGAGCUUAGAGGCCUCAUUGCUAAUGGACAGUUCCUUAACUUGGAAUCGCUCACCCACGAUCAAAAGCUUUCAGUUGAUUCCUUGGUUAAAAGAGCGUAUGAGAAUUGGCAUCAAGUUGUAGAAUACGAUGGUAAGGUCCUGACCUCCCUGGCCAGUACUAAGAAAGGAAUAAGUUCCUUGGCUGCAUCAACAGUAAACGAAAAUCGUGACACAACUUCUCAGCAAAGGCAGCAGUAUAUCUCCACUGAACAAAGUCAGCCAUGCCAAACUGCAAACAGCCACCCAUCAGCCACUCAGUUGAUUGAAUUUCCAUACGCAAGGUCUAAUCAGACGUCAAUUAUGACUCUAAACGACCCACAAGCAGCAUUUUCUGGCAGCAUGGAUUACAUGUCACUUGGAGUGGGGGGUUCGUAUCUCACAGGAGAUUGGUCAUCAUCGCGGCCAAGGAAUAAUGGGCAAGGGUUUGAGAAUUUUAUUGCUGAAGAAGUCCGCGUCAGGAGCUCAGAGAUGUUAGAGAGCGACGACAUGCAGAGAUUAUUAAAGACAUUUAGUGUUGGUGUUAUGACACCCGGUUUCGAUCAUCCUGAAGAGGCUUAUUAUUCUUACAGCAAUCCGUAUGAGCCUCGGAUGCAUCAAGUAUAUGAACAAGAGCAUAAUAGGGGCUCAGGGAAGGCUGUUGUCGGAUGGCUUAAGCUGAAAGCUGCGUUGAGGUGGGGAAUAUUUAUAAGAAAGAGAGCUGCUGAAAGAAGAGCUCAGCUUGUUGAGCUAGAUUAAGUCGAAUUCUUGAUCUGCUAAGAUUCAUGCUCCACUUGAGCAUUGAAGAGACAUGGUAAUGUGAAGGGAAAGUUAUCAAUUUUGAAAUAGUCUCUGAUUAGGAGGACCUUAUGACACGAUUCUUGGUUCGAGUACAAUAUACUUAUGUUUUUGGUUUGUAUUUCAUUUAUUCAUUCAAGGUUUUAUAAGAUCCAGGUAAACAAAGAUCUCACAUCUGGUUUUUUUUCCCCCCCUUUUUGUGGAGGAUUAUAUUGAUAAAAUUUUCUCAUA